CCGCGGAGGCAGAGAGGGAGAGAGGAAAACAGUUAGGAAAGAAAACGAAGAACAACAUGGACACAGACGGGCGCUUUGGGUUGUGUGUGAAACCGUCUUCCGGUGUCGGAUUGUAGCCUGCCUCCUCUGCCACACAGCUGUUUAUGUUGGGCAGCCUGAGGAUAUUAAUGCCAGGGAACGGAGGAAAUCAGAAAUCCUGCCUCUAAACUGUGCCGCGCUGUCAGGGUUUGAGGAUAUUACUGAAACAUAAGGACAUUAAAGACAAAACCGAGGAUGGUGCUCGUGUAACAAGAGGAGCGCCCUUUGGAAGUCGUCGUGCUCUCCAACAUCAGGCCACGCUCAAAGUUUUUUUUCUUUCCCCAGUUUUUUUUUUUUUCUUUUUCUUUUUUUUUUUCAGGAGAGGGGGAAAUUUUGCUGCAUUGAAUUCCUCUGGACGGGAUGUCAUCCGCAGUCAGGAGGAAUUCCUCUGGCUGACUGCUCCUCCAGCUGCAGUGUAGCAGGGAUCCCGACAGAGAAAAAGAUGGGAGAUGCGGCAGAUGACAGAGGGAUGAGACGGACCUUCAUCGUCCCUGCCAUCAAGAGCUUCGAUCACUAUGACUUUACCAGGGCCAAGAUAUCAUGCAGCCUGACGUGGCUGGUGGCCAAGGCUUUCGGCUCGGAUGCGGUACCAGAGGAGCUGGCCGAGCCUUUCUACAGGGACCAGUACAACCAGGAACAUCUGAAGCCUCCAGUGGCCUGUCUGCUCCAGUCUGCGGAGCUCUACUGCCGGGCGGGGAGCCUCAUACUUCGCAGCGAUGCCGUCAAACCUUUACUGGGACACAACGCUGUCAUCCAGGCCUUGGCCCAGAAGGGCCUGUACGUCACCGACCAGGACCGACUGGUCACAGAGAGAGACCUGACCAGCACACCUAUACACAUGAGUUCCCAUCUGGCUCUCAUAGAUACCCUGAUGAUGGCGUACACAGUGGAGAUGGUGAGUGUGGAGAGGGUGAUGUCCUGCAUCAACAGGUACUCCUCCGCUGAGCCCUCACACAGUGACGGACACAUCCAGGAGCUGCCUUAUGACACAGAGGAUGCAAUCACCACCUGGAUUAACAAGGUGAAUGAACACCUAAGGGACAUCCUUGUGGAGGAGCAGAAGCUGAGAGAGGCUUCCUACCAGGAAUCAAACACAGCAACACACAAAGCUCGCUACAGGAGGGAGCAUGCCCAGCAGAGGAGCGCUCCAUCGCUCCCCCUGGUGGAUAAUCUGCUAAAGGACAACACAGAUGGCUGCGCCCUGACUGCCUUGCUGCACUUCUACUGCCCGCAGGCUGUCAAAUUGGAAGAUAUCUGCCUCAAGGAGACCAUGUCACUGGCGGACAGUCUGUACAACCUCCAGCUGGUGCAGGAGUUCUGCAAGAACAACCUCAAUCACUGCUGCCACUUCAGCCUGGAGGACAUGCUCUACGCACAUGCAUCCAUAAAGAGUAACUAUCUGGUGUUUAUGGCUGAGCUUUUCUGGUGGUUUGAAGUGGUGAAACCCUCAUUUGUACAGCCCAGAGUCUUCGACCCAAAUGCAGCCUGUGAGCCUGUAUCCUCUAGAAAUAUGGCUCCUGUAUCCAGUCCAGUCAAACAGAGCUAUGCAGACAGACCUGACAGCCCAGAGAACGUCCCUGUUGAGGGUAUAAUAAAGAGAUCUACCUCCAUGUCCUACGUGGAUGGCUGUGUUGGGACAUGGCCCAAAGAAAAACGCUCCUCCCCUCGGGGAAUCUCCUUUGAGAUUCCUCUAGAUGAAGACCCGACUGUGCCGCCCUGUGAAGCUCCCUCCCUCCGUGGUAUGACACGCUCGGCCAGCAGUGACGGUCUUGGCUUCAAAGUUCACUAUGCGUCCCGAGGAGGCAUGAAGCGCCACCUCUCCCUCAUGCCCGUCAAUUUAAACGGCCAGAGCAGACACAUACCAGAGGAGGAUGAGGACUUCACCUCCCACAAACCCCUGGGGCGGAACAACACGUUCUCAGUCAAGAACCAAAGCAGGUACUCCAAUGGAGUCCUCCCAGACAGCAACCACAGCUCCAACAAUCACCAUGGUAACCAUAGCGGCCACAUCAGCCCGUCAACCCCUCCAAGCAUUGAGGAGGCACUGAAAAUUAUCCACAACACAGAAAGGCCACAUGCUAGCCUUGGCAUGGAGGACGGAGACAACGGCUUCUUUCUCCACGGUGCAGAGCCUGCAGACCCUCCAGGGGCCCAGGGUCAAGGAGACAACCAGGGUUCAGCUAAGGCUCGGCUGCAUGACCAUGACCCCAACUCUGUGUCCACUGAUGAAGUUGACACGGGCAUCCAUGUGAGGACAGAGGACAUCCAGAGCUUGGAUGAGGACUCCUCGUCACUGAGAGACUAUUCAGAUAUAGAUCCAGACUGUGAGGCCAUGACCAGGUCAUGCCCUCUGCCUGACCAGGCGGAGAGGGAGAGAAACAGGGAAGGAGGGUGCAAAGGGGUUGGUGACACUAAUCCUGAGAUUGAGAGGGGAGAUGGAGGUGACAGGAGCAGCCCUUGUCCCAGCUCAGCACCCACUCUCCCCAGAUCUCACACCGUCAGCCCCGUCUCGUCCUCUGGUGGCUCUGGAGGAGGCAUGGUGCGGAUGACGAGCUUUGCAGAGCAGAAGUUCAGGAAGUUGGAGGGGAGGAGUAGUGGAGGAACCACACCAGAGAGUUCAGAUCUCAACGUACCGUAUACACACUCAACAAAAAACAUUUCCUCUCAGAUCACCACACCUCCUUUGCCAAUCACGUCUCCCUCCCCAGUAACACCUUCCCCCCGGGACCCCACCCACCUCAUAGCCUCAGAAAUGAUCCAGCUGAGGAUGAAGCUGGAAGAGAAACGCAGAGCCAUUGAAGCCCAGAAGAAGAAGGUGGAAGCUGCUUUUACUCGCCAUCGCCAGAAGAUGGGCAGAACGGCCUUUCUGAAUGUUGUGAGAAGGAAAGGAGUCACUGCCCCCCUCAGCCCCAGCUCUGGGGGAGCAGAGACACCUUCCCCAGAGCCGCUCUCAUCCUCAAAGGAAACUAGCCAGGGCAGCAUGGAGCGGGCGGAGAGGUGCAAACCAGAUGGAGCAGCCCCGAAAUCUCCCUGUGAAGAUGGUGGAGGUGUAGCUCCAGGAGAAAUCGAUCUUGCAGAAUACACACGCUCCAUUGAGAGACUGAACACGUCACUGGGCUUCCUGCAGACAGAAAUGCAGCGUUUGGCCCAGCAGCAGGAGAAGAUCAUGGCCAUGAGAGAGCAACAACAACAAGCCUGGGUCAUUCCUCCUCCAGCUCCAUCUCCACACAGACAGCUCCGUGAGUUGCGUAGCAGCAGCGUAACAGGCCGGGGAUCAGGACGAGCCUCGGUUGGGUCUUUGUCUCCAAUCCUGUCUUCUUCUGGCUCUCCCCGCGCUCCCAACCGUUCUCCUGCUGGCAUUAAGCGGCGGCCAGCCUCCUUCCAUGCCAGGACGCCUCGGACUCCACGACCAAAUGACCUGAAGGUCACCCCCUUCAGCCGAAUGCUCAACACCCCCACUUCCGUGGACAGUCUACCCAGACUGAGGCGUUUUACCCCCAGCCAGACCCAGCUCAGCUCUUUUGACUACUUGGGCCACAGUGACGGGUCUGGGGAAACCAAGAACCAAGAGGCCAAGGAAAACAAGGAAAACACUAAAGACAAAGAAGAGGCAGUGGCAAAGAAGAGUGCUGGCACUCCUCAGCCCCCUACUAAAGAAACAGCCAAAGAGAUGGAAGACAUGCAACAGGAGGAGAGGAGAGAGGCAAAGCAGGCUCAGUCGAAGGGAGAAGUCAAACAAUCGAGGACGUCAGAAGUGUUGUGUCAGCCGAUGUCUGAGAUCCAAGGGGCCACAGGCAGCCGGGUAAGAGGAGACCCCCAGGACAAGAGAGACCUGGUGGAGGUGCCUCUGUCUGGGCUGAAGCCUCCAGAAGGCCGCUGUCUGGAGAUGACAGGAGAGGGAGAAACUGGAGGAGACACUUAUGGAGACGACCAAAAGAUGUGCUGUGGAUUCUUCUUCAAGGAUGAUGCGAAAGGGGAAGAGGACAUGGCAGCAAAGAAAGCAGCACUCCUGGAGAAGAGGCAGAGGAGAGAGAAGGAGGCUCAGGAGAGGAAGCAACAGCAGGAGCUGGACCAGGAGCAGGAGAGGGAAGCUGCACGGCUGAAAGCAGAGGAGGAGCAGCAGAAGAAGGAUGAAGAGAAAGCCAGGAGGGAAUACAUCAGGAAUGAGUAUUUGAGGAGGAAGCAGCUCAAACUGAUGGAGGACAUGGACGAAGUCAUCAAGCCUCGAUCUGGAAGUCUCAAGAAGAAGCCACGUCCCAAGUCCAUCCACAGGGACAGCAUGGAGUCAUCUACUCCUCCUGUGAGAGUAACAGGCGUGCGUCCUCGAGGCUUCUCAGUAUCUAGUGUUUCUUUGGCGUCUCUCAAUCUGGCUGACAACAAUAGAGACCUGCCAGAUAACAGGAAGAACAACAGGCCGGACUCUGCAGAAGGUUUUUCUUCUUGUCCUUCGGCUGGCAGUCGUAAUGGAGAGAAGGAUUGGGAAAAUGAUUCUACCACCUCCUCCACUCCCUCUAACGCUGAGUACACAGGACCCAAACUAUACAAGGAGCCCAGUGCCAAGUCCAACAAGCACAUCAUCCAAAAUGCCCUGGCUCACUGCUGCCUGGCUGGCAAGGUCAACGAAGGCCAGAAAAACAAGAUACUUGAUGAAAUGGAGAAAUCCGAAGCCAAUAACUUCUUGGUGUUGUUCCGUGACGCCGGAUGCCAGUUCAGGUCUGUGUACAGCUACUGCCCCGAGACCGAAGAGAUCACCAAACUAGCUGGCAUCGGGCCCAGGAGCAUCACAACCAAGAUGAUUGAGGGCCUCUACAAGUACAACUCAGACAGGAAACAGUUCAGCCAGAUUCCAGCCAAAACCAUGUCCGCCAGUGUGGACGCCAUCACCAUCGCCAGCCAUCUGUGGCAGACCAAGAAGCAGGGGACGCCCAAAAAACUGCACCCUAAGUAGAGGGCAACAUUUGGACAUGCUUCUCUGGAAGGAACACAGAAGAAUUUGUGGAUUUUAUGUUUUGAUUAAAGGGACACAUGGUCCCCAUGUUAUAAAUCACAACUGGAAUGUAGAACACAAGUGGGCCUCUCAGAUGUUGUUGUUACAAUACAGAGCUGACUGUUACACUCUGGACUACUUAAAAGGGGCACAAGUGUGUACUUGUCAGCAUGUGUAUCAAUGUUCUUGUGUGCCAAAAAAAAGAGAAGAAAAUAAUAGGCGGACCAAUGCCUUACCUAGUUGAACCACUGAAGCACUGAAUGUCACUCCUCAGGAGGAGGCAGUUUGGUUUCUAUAAGUUGAUCAUGUGUGGCCUUAUGCUUGUUUUGUGUCAUAUGGAUGCGCAGUGAGUGUUUGGUGUCAUUUUGUCAGCGCCUGUUGAAUAAGUCUGUUGUGAUACAGGAGAGGUUGUGUGUACACACAGGUCUGGGAUCAGACUACGCCCCCCCUCCGUGGUCAUUAAAAGGGUGGCCUGUCUGAUCUGUGAUCGGGUAGAGGCAGCAUUUUUUUUGAUGAGAGUUUUGCUGCUAUACAGGCACAUGUUCUGUUUUUUUGUGACUGAAAAACCUAUAAACAGUUCAAAUUUGUUUAUGUGUGUGUGUAUAGUGAAGUGCCAAGAAGAGUGAGGAAAAUACCUCAGUUGGUGAUUGCAAUUACUUUCCAAAAGUGUAAAGUGAUGAGAUUAUUGAGCAAAUGGAGUACCAUCAAACAAUUCUGGAAAGCAUCUGCAAUAGACUCUUAAUUUAUUAUUGAAGAUAUUUUAAAAAGGCGUCUUAGAUUUUAUUCAGAGAAACAUAAUAUACUAUACAUAUAUAAGUUAAAUUAGUUUGUAUAUAAUGGCAGUUCCAUUCAAAAUGAACAAGUCAGCUUGUAGUAGCUUUUGAGUAGCUUUUAUAAUUUAUCAUGUACAUGUAUCAGUAUGUUGUCGUUUGGGGCCUUUUAUUGUGCUACAAAUGCAAAACGUGUGAUCACUCAACAGUAUCACUGAUAAGACUAUCAUCAGUAUUAGAAUAGAUGGAAAAUCUCACACUGUGUCAUCCGUCUGUGCAAUGAUCUGAGAGUAAUUUAAAUAAUCUCCAUUGACCAUGUUGCAGUUGGAACUAACAGAUAAUCGAAAUGUCACUUUAAUGUGGAUAUUGUCCUAACUAUUAGAUUACCCUUAAAGUAGUCCCCAGUUGUAAAUACAUGAAUUCACCUAUGUUAGCACUUCAAGACCCUGUCCACUGUCAUUAAUUCUAAUCAAAGAUUUUUCCACUUCAGCACUGUUGUGCUUGUGACUUUACUUUUACAUUAUUGUUACACUUGUUGUCAUGUGUUCCUUCAAUAUGUGUUGACACUGUACAGAUAUAUUUUGGCAUAUAGAAGUAUUUUUUGUAAUGACAUUUACCUGUUGGAGGUGUGUACUGAUGAAGCAGUGCAGUUACAGAAGGAAAUGUGUUGAGAACAUGUAGCCGAGGAGGCAGGGUGUUUAAAGACUAAAGGCUUUAUUAUGGUAUUGUAUGAAACCCAGUAAGUAUACUGAGAAAAUCAUACUAAUUUUUUUCCCAACUCUGAAUUCAUUUUCUUCUCAGUUAACUAAAUAUGCUCAACUGUUCAUGGAUUUUUGUUGUUUUUCUAUUCCUUUGAGCUUUAUUAAAAUGCCAGCUAUCAACAGUA